UUUAUAGAUAAUCUGCUUCGCUUUUGUGCUCUGUUGUCUGUAAUCUUCUUUUUGCGACAGCCGGGGCUAAAAAGCAGCUGAGAUUUAGUCUUGCUGUAUAUGAUAAUGUUUAUAUGAUUAGUUGCUUUUGGAGCUUGAGAAGGGAGACUCCAGUCCAGUGCUGGUGGGAGAAUCUCUGUCAGGUCUUGGCUGCAACUCAUUCAAAGCUCACUCAUGCAGAAGGGAAGCCUGCAUACAAUUCACUCAGCUUUUUUUUUUGUUCUGCACUGGCACUGUUUACUGGCCGCUUGCUUCGUCUCAAGCCAUUCUCAGAGCCUUGUGAAGAGGAGCUUCUCAAAUGUUAGGAGCUGAAACUGUAUCAUGCUUAAGGCCUCACUGUCAACCAGGGAAAUACAGACUGGAUUCACAUCAGCAGACUGAAAGGCAGGGGAAAAGGCUUUCAUUUAAGAAAUUCUGAGCUUACCAUAGCUCCUUUUUGCUACUGUUUCUCCAGCAGUUUUUUUUUUUCAUUUGGCAGUAAGAGAGCCAGAAUAAGGACUUCUUCAUUCUAGAUUCACUAGUACCUGGAGACACUGUAUUCAAACUGCGGGAAUGUGUUGACUUGAAGAGAAACCUGCUGCCUGAUAAAGCACUAUCUGUCCCAGAUAACUGGAGCAUGCAACAGAGCUGCAGAGCUUCGCUUUCAUACUUCAUACUGUGCAUUGAGCUGCAUUGGAGUUCCUAUUACAAGCUUGCCUGCCUUCUACUUUGCUUGAUUGUCUGACUGAAACUGCCUUUCAUAAAAAAUCAACAUUUUUUCUUUUACCAAUUUUCAUAAAGGCAAGAAGAUCAACAAUGAAGAUCGUUAACCUCAGCAAAGCUGGACUUGUAUAACUACAAAUCUCAUUAUUACUUUUGUGGAAAAUCUCUGUGAGAAGCACAAUGGCAUCUUCUGUUUGGAAGCCUCCGACUCUGUGGUGUCUGAUUUUCAUAGUGGCUCACUUGCAGUGUACAGAAGGGUUCAGCCGAGCAGCAUUGCCAUUUGGUCUAGUAAGGAGAGAGCUGUCUUGUGAGGGAUAUCCGAUCGAUCUGCGCUGUCCCGGAAGUGAUGUCAUCAUGAUUGAAAGCGCUAACUAUGGCCGGACAGAUGACAAGAUCUGUGAUGCCGAUCCCUUUCAGAUGGAAAAUAUCAACUGCUACCUCCCGGAUGCCUACAAAAUCAUGUCACACAGGUGCAACAAUCGAACACAAUGUGUUGUGAUUACUGGGUCUGAUGUGUUUCCUGACCCUUGUCCUGGGACUUACAAAUACCUAGAAGUCCAGUAUGAAUGUGUUCCCUACAUUUUUGUUUGCCCCGGGACUCUGAAAGCAGUUGGGGAUUCUUCCUUUGUCUUUGAGGCGGAACAGCAAGCAGGUGCCUGGUGUAAAGACCCCCUUCAGGCAGGGGACAAAAUCUACUUCAUGCCCUGGACCCCAUACCGUACUGACACUCUGAUAGAGUACGCUUCGCUGGACGACUUCCAAAACGCACGUCAAACGACAACGUACAAACUCCCUCACCGGGUCGACGGCACAGGAUUUGUGGUGUACGAUGGUGCUGUGUUUUUCAACAAAGAGAGGACCAGAAACAUUGUAAAGUUUGACCUGAGGACUAGAAUCAAAAGCGGGGAAGCAAUCAUCAAUAAUGCCAACUACCACGACACCUCACCCUACAAAUGGGGAGGCAAAACUGACAUUGACCUGGCAGUAGAUGAGAAUGGUUUGUGGGUCAUUUAUGCCACUGAGCAGAACAAUGGAAUGAUUGUCAUUAGCCAGUUGAACCCUUACACUCUCCGCUUUGAAGCAACCUGGGAAACCAGUUACGACAAGCGGUCGGCGUCCAAUGCCUUCAUGAUCUGUGGAGUUCUUUAUGUGGUUCGAUCCACUUAUGAAGACAAUGAGAGCGAAGUGAGCAAAAACCUAGUUGAUUAUAUUUACAAUACCAAACAAAACAGGGGGGAGUAUGUGGAUAUUCCCUUCCCCAACCAAUACCAGUACAUUGCUGCAGUGGAUUAUAACCCAAGAGACAACCAGCUAUACGUGUGGAAUAAUUAUUACAUACUGAGGUAUACCAUGGAGUUUGGCCCACCUGACCCAGCCCAAGUGCCAACUACUGCAGUUUCAACCAGUUCUCCGGCAGAACUGUCCAAAACCACAGUUUCCACCACAACUGUCACAUCACAAAAAGGCCUCAUUACCACAACGCCCACCGGAGGCACGAAGGAAGGAAGCAGAGGACCUAAACCGCAACCAGGGGUUCCUGUUACAAAAGCACCCCCAACCCCGGACUCCUUGCCCUUACCAGAAAGGUUCUGUGACAGUACAGAGAAAAGGGGUAUCGCCUGGCCUCAGACACAAAGAGGCAUGCUAGUUGAAAGGCCAUGUCCCAAGGGAACAAGAGGCACUGCCUCAUAUCUUUGUAUGCUUUCUACUGGAACGUGGAACCCCAAGGGUCCUGAUCUUAGCAACUGCACCUCGCACUGGGUGAAUCAAGUUGCACAGAAGAUCAGAAGCGGAGAAAAUGCUGCUAACCUUGCAAAUGAGCUGGCCAAGCAUACCAAAGGCCCCAUCUUUGCUGGAGACGUGAGUUCAUCAGUGAGACUGAUGGAACAACUGGUUGACAUCUUAGACGCUCAGCUUCAAGAGCUGAGACCUAGUGAAAAGGACUCAGCUGGCCGGAGUUUUAACAAGCUUCAGAAACGAGAAAGGACAUGCAGAGCAUACAUGAAGGCUAUUGUGGACACAGUUGACAACUUACUGAGACCUGAGGCUCUGAAAUCCUGGGAGGAUAUGAACUCGACAGAGCAAACCCACGCAGCAACGAUGUUACUUGAUACCCUGGAAGAGGGAGCUUUUGUCCUGGCAGACAAUCUAAUUGAACCGGCUGUAGUGAAAGUACCCGCUGAGAACAUAAUUCUGGACGUUUAUGUACUCAGUACAGAUGGCGUACAAGUGGAGGACUUCAGAUUUCCCCAGCAAAGCAAAGGAGGGAUCUCCAUUCAGCUGUCUGCCAACACUGUCAAACUAAAUAGUCGCAAUGGUGUGGCCAAAUUGGUAUUCAUUCUCUACAAACAAUUGGGCAGGUUCCUCAGCACUGAAAAUGCAACUAUUAAGUUUGGAAAUGAAGCAAAUGGCCAUUCUGUUGCUGUCAAUUCUGACAUCAUCUCAGCCUCUAUCAACAAGGAGUCAAACCGCGUGUUCCUGUCAGAACCUGUGCUUUUUACCCUGGAGCAUAUCAAUACUGAAAAGUACAUCAACUCAAACUGCUCGUUCUGGAACUAUUCUGAAAGGAGCAUGAUGGGACACUGGUCCACUCAGGGAUGCAGACUGGUAGAAGCCAAUAAAACGCACACAACCUGCGCAUGUAGUCACCUGACCAAUUUUGCAAUUCUUAUGACUCACAAGGAAGUAGUGCACACAGACGGAGUGCAUGAGUUACUUCUCGAUGUCAUCACCAAGGUGGGGAUUGUUGUCUCGCUCAUUUGCUUGGCCAUCUGCAUCUUUACAUUCUGCUUCUUCCGUGGCCUGCAGAGCGAUAGGAACACCAUCCACAAAAACCUCUGCAUCAAUCUCUUCAUUGCCGAGUUAAUUUUCCUAAUUGGCAUCGAUAUGACAGAACCUAAGAUUGGCUGUUCAAUAAUUGCAGGCCUUUUACACUUUUUCUUCCUCACCGCUAUUGCUUGGAUGUGCCUAGAAGGGGUUCAGCUCUAUCUAAUGCUGAUCGAGGUUUUCGAAAGCGAAUACUCUCGGAAAAAGUACUAUUACGUUUCUGGCUACCUCAUUCCAGCCAUAGUGGUGGGUGUAGCUGCAGCUGUCGACUAUAACGGCUAUGGAACGGAAAAAUAUUGCUGGCUAAGGUUGAAUACUCACUUUGUUUGGAGUUUUAUAGGACCUGUCACUUGUAUGAUUAUGCUAAAUCUUAUCUUCCUGGUUAUUACAAUGUACAAAAUGGUGAAGCACUCUACAUCCUUAAAACCAGACUCCAGCAGGUUGGAAAAUAUUAAUAAUUACCGUGUUUGUGACGGCUACUAUAAUACAGACUUACCAGGCUAUGAAGAUAAUAAACCAUUUAUCAAAUCCUGGGUCCUUGGUGCUUUUGGUCUUAUUUGCCUUCUUGGAUUGACCUGGUCAUUUGGAUUGCUGUAUAUCAAUGAGUCCACUGUUGUGAUGGCUUACCUCUUUACAAUAUUCAAUGCAUUUCAGGGGAUGUUCCUCUUAAUAUUCCUCUGUAUCCUCCAGAAGAAAGUCCGUAAAGAGUACAGCAAAUGUUUCCGACACACAUACUGUUGUGGCGGACUACCAACUGAGAACUCACACAGCACAGUGAAGGCCUCGACAACAAGGACUAGCGCUCGUUAUUCCUCCGGCACUCAGAGCCGCAUUAGGAGGAUGUGGAAUGACACUGUUAGAAAGCAAUCUGAGUCUUCUUUUAUCUCAGGUGACAUCAACAGCACUUCAACCCUUAACCAAGGGAUGACGGGCAAUUGUCUACUAACAAACCCUCUUCUUCGACCCCACGGCACUAACAACCCUUAUAACACCUUACUUGCUGAAACGAUUGUUUGUAAUGCCCCUUCAGCUCCCGUGUUUAACUCACCAGUGACCUACAGAGAGACAAGACACUCACUGAACAACGCCAGGGAUGCAAGUGCAAUGGAUACUCUACCGCUAAAUGGUAACUUUAAUAAUAGCUACUCACUUCGCAAUGGGGACUACAGUGACAGCGUGCAGGUUAUGGAUUGUGGACUCAGCCUUGACGACGCAGCCUUUGAAAAGAUGAUCAUUUCUGAACUGGUGCACAACAACCUUCGGGCCUGCAACAAGAACCACAACAUUGAGAGAACUCCUUCAGCCAAAGUAACCGUGGGCGGGAGCAGCAGCGAAGAUGAUGCCAUCGUGGCUGACGCUUCAUCUUUGGUGCUUGGCGACAACCCUGGACUGGAGCUACACCACACAGAGCUGGAGGCCCCACUAAUCCCCCAACGGACUCACUCGCUUCUGUAUCCCCCUCAGAAGAAAGUGAAGACCGAGAGAACAGACAGCUAUGUUUCACAGCUAACAGCAGAGGCUGAGGACAACCUGCAGUCCCCAAACAGAGACUCCCUUUAUACUAGUAUGCCUAACCUAAGAGACUCUCUGUACCCAGAGAGCAGCCCCGAUGUGGAGGAAGAUCUCUCUCCUUCAAAGAGGAGUGACGACGAGGACAUUUACUACAAAAGCAUGCCCAAUCUCGGAGCUGGGAACCAGCUUCAGGCAUACUAUCAAAUCAGCAGGGGUAACAGUGAUGGAUAUAUUAUUCCUAUUAACAAAGAAGGCUGUAUCCCGGAAGGAGAUGUGAGAGAAGGACAAAUGCAGCUGGUGACAAGUCUUUAAAUGUAUCUUAAAAACUCUUGAUGCAGGUAUUAGGAAAUUUGAAUGGACCUGCUUCCCUUUUAUCUCUAUGGACAGACGGACACUGCGGUCUGAUUUGAAUAUCUGCAUUUUUUUUUUGUUUGUUUUUGGUGAAAUUUUAUGACAAACUCUGUAUAUAAUAUGCAGAAUAUAGUAAUACAAAGAAUUGUCAAAGACAAACCAACCAUGUAUUUAGAUGUGCUGCUGCUGAACAAUUUGAGAAUAACUGGCAAUUCCAAUUCAGCAGUUUUCGAACUAAGGUUGUACAUACAUUUACAUUAUUUCUUGUAAUAGCCCAUGUUGUAUUAUAUACACAUGCAGGCACUAGGACCCGGUGUGGAGUGAUUUGAACUGUCGUGAGAUAUUCCUGACAAGACUUUUUGAAAUCAGGAAUAUAAAGGUCCUGGAUCAUUUGGUAGUUACAAGUCAUGUCCAUCAAGGUUGAAGAUUGGGAAUGUAUGACCACUAGCAAUCAAGCCACAGGCCUUAUAUUUUCUCAAUUAUACAUUGAACUGUUCUCAAGAAUAAUGGCUAAAGAAAAUAUAUUUUGUUGUAUUGCUAGUGUAAAAUAAAAUGAAUUCAUGACAACCAUAAAUAUAAAAAAAAACAUUUAAAAACAUGUAAGAGAUUAUUGUGUAAAAGUUUCACAUAUGUUAUAAAAUGUGUUUAUUCUUCUUACACUUCGUUCAUCGUAGUAUGUUUGAAAAAAAAAAAUCAGCCAUGUUCACUUUUUCCACUUGUAAACAGUGUUUUGCUUACAUAUAAAUUAUAAAUCUUGUCCUUUAAAAAUCAAUUUUGUAUUGCCAAAUGAACUUAUUCUAAGGGGAGAAGUACCCCAUAUUUAAGCCAAUAAUGCCAUGCCUUGCACAAUUUGGUGUAAAUUAGGUAAUACUGUAAUUUGUUUUACUGUAAAAUAUUUGACAAAGGAAAAUGGGCAACAGGCACUUGAAACAAACUCUUCAAUAUCUGUUCGUUUUCAUCCUUUUUUAAAGUCAUGGUUAUUAUGAUACCAUAUUUCAGAUUCCUACAUUUGGAAACUAAUUUAUUUCUGUCUUAAAAAAAAAAAAAAAAAAAAAAAAAAGGUCUAACAAGGUGUGUAAAUUCUUUCAGCACUGGUAUGCUUCAUUCAUUCUUUUGUGUAAACCUGUUAAUAAGGAGCCCAUCACUAAUAGCUGAUGUAAAGUUUAACACUUGUUUGACAGUAAAUAAAUGUGAGAUUUUUUUCAAAUA